GCCAGUCGUAGAUCAAUCACUUUAAUUAACAACCUUGGUCACCACACAUCCUAUGCUCACUAGAAUGCCUUGAUUGCAUCAAUCGUCAACAUGUGGAUUCUACCCCUAGUCGGCUACCUUGGCUCUAUCGUAGGCUUCUGCUUCUUGACAUUAGCCAUAGCCUCUGGCCUCUACUAUCUUUCCGAGCUCGUCGAAGAGCAUACCGUGUUUGCGAAGCGAUUCCUCACACAGCUCAUCUACGCUAUUAUUGUCUUGCAGGCUAUACUAUGGCUCGUUGAUGGCUUCCCCGUCACCUUGACCAUGAUGAGCAUAGUCUCACAUGUCAUCUACCUGGGCAAUAUGCGACGCUUCCCCUUCGUACGCUUGACUGAUCCAUUGUUCGUUGCUUCCUGUGUGCUUGUCCUUGUCAACCACUACUUCUGGUUCCGUUACUUUUCCGCAGCGCAGUCACGAUCCUACUCCCGUAUUAGCAACAUUUACGAUCAACCAGACAUCCCUUCUUUCGCCGAGAUUGCAUCAUAUUUCGGUUUGUGCGUAUGGCUGAUCCCCUUCGCGCUCUUUGUCAGCCUGUCCGCCAGCGACAACGUACUUCCAACAAUAGGAACGGAACAGCCAUCUCAUGGCUCAGAUGUCAAGAACAAGCGUCAAAGCAUUGUGAAAGUUGGUGUAGACUAUGUGCUCUCCGGCAUUGGACAAGUGAGUCGGACGGCUGGUUGGAAGAAGCCUGAAGACAGAUUUUGAGGCUCAGGCGCCACGCUCGGUGUUGAAUUGUCUUUUGUACGAUACUGCUUCUGCAAACCCAUCCGGCGUAUAGACAUGAAUGGAGAUGUUGUGAGUACGGCACCUGAAUAUGAAUCAACAUCGUGCUGAUCCUGCACCAGGUUUUCACCAUUAUCCAAUAGCAUCAAAUUGACCGUAUCCCAGUCUGCGUCGCCCGGUUCAUGGGCGACAGGCUUGCCCGAUACUGUACGAUAGUGUACGGUACGU